AUGAGACUUGAAGGCCUUGACCCCAUCCGACUAGUAAUAUCGAGAAUUUGGAACGAUCCAGCUGGCAGCGCGCCCGGCGAGAAAAUGUAUAUAAUAGUUCCGAGGACCAUAGACCCAAUCAAACGACUCGAUGCAGACAUGUCGAGGCCUUGGAUAGAUCAUAAUAUGACACUGGCAUCGAAUCCUUGGCGGCUCCAAGGACAUGGUGCGGCGGUAUGUUCGCUGCAGGCAUGUGUCCGCACGUACAAUGCAACGAUAAACGGAACUCGGCUUACUGAACACCUGGUUUCCAGCACUGCGACAGAUGCUUGGGGUGUUAGUUUAGAACCCGGUGAUGGAUGGGAUUUCAGCGGUGAAACUUGGAUAGGAAUGAUUGAUACACACUGUGUAACGGAUAGAGAAAGGGAGGGGUUGUCAGAACAAGGCUAUAAAAUUGACACUUCUUCACGAUGGCUUGCUUUUAACAGGUCUUUCAUCCCAUCUCAAGUUGAAGAUGACAUAGUAUCAUCCCUGUUUUCACAUCAUUGCUUAUACCUGAUGGCAAGUAUGAUGUUGCGCGGCGUUCCAUUCUUGUUUGAUAUGUUGGGCGACAACUUGGAGGGUACUGUAUCAAGCCCGGGAUUAACUCUAAGCAUUUAUCCAGGAGUUAGUAGGAAAACUGCAUUUGGUGGAUUGGUUGGCCCUCGAAUGAUGUUUGACUUGUAUGAUGAUGGCUACAUUGAAUUUGAAGAUAUACAGGAAACAUUUUCAAAUAUUUCAGACAUAGCUACAGCUUGGAUACGAACGCAUGGGAACAGUAACUUUUCAGAUCCCGCUGUUGGGAAAGUCCUACACUAUGCAACAUGUUUGCGCGUUCAAUGGCCGUGGAUAGCAUUUCCUGCAACCCUGGCAGUCCUUUCACUGGUCUGUCUCGUGGCUGUGAUUACUGUUAUGGAUAGACAGCAAGUACCAGUAUGGAAAUCAUCACCGCUGGCAUUGAUCAUGAGAGGAUCAAACAGAGAGUUUUGGUGCAAACCUACCGCCGACGCAAUGGAGGAGAGAUCUAAGGAGAUCACUGUCAUUCUUAUAAAGGGGUCUGAUCCACAAAUCCAGGUUGUGCAAAAAGAUUUCGGGCUUGUGGAUAUAGCCAACAGAGGAAUAAAUAAUUCGAAUCAAACUCUGAAUGACGACGUGCAGGAAUGA